GCAAGGAUGAAGCGAGAUGGGCACCAAAGACUUCCCCAAAACACCGAGGGCAUCAUGGUGCCCUUUAUCAGCCCAUCAGCAACACACCGCAGUGCCAACUGGGGCUGUCCUGCUAUAAACAAAUCAAAUACCUCAAAUUGCAGAGGGAAAAUGGCACAGACCAAGGAAGGUGCCAUCUCGUCCACUGCUAGAGAGAGUCAAAUGACGGACAUCUGCAACGGCAAUUUCCCCAAGGGAGGAGGACCCUCCGAAGCUCUCUGCAGCUGGCCUUUGGUGACCUCCUGCCAAAAGCUUCCAGGAGUCAAUGGAGGGAAGAAGCAGCUUAGACACUUUGGCCAGCAGUGCAAAGAAAUCCCGCCCACCAAAAUUACCCAGCAAGGUUUCCCCAGCAAGGACGUAUUUCUGUUUUGGACCAAGAAAGCUGGCGAUGGCAACGAGAUGGCCCCAUGGAGAUCAGGCUCCACAACGGCACACCAGGUGCAAGAGAUGAUGGACCGAUGUGAGGAACAAGAAGCAGAAGGCUCAAAGGGAAGAUGCUGGUCUCCCCGAACCAGUCCUGAAACAACCCAGAGGAAGAGACGGAGAGACCUUUUCCCAGACUCAGAGGUUUUCAGACAGCUGGACGCCCACGUUCUUCGUGUGAGCGAGCAGCUGAAAACCAAUCAGGAAUCCUUGUCCGUCCAGACCAUUGUUCCACUGAUUACCAAAGGAGCCAAUAGCCAGCUGGAGAAGGCGCGAGCCAUAUGGAUCUGGCUGUGCCACAAUAUCGAGUAUGAUGUCAACGGCUUCUUGGGGUUCUCGGAGAAGAUCCAUACCCCUGAGCAGGUCCUUCACACUGGGAGAGGCGUGUGCUCUGGAUAUGCCCAUCUAUACCGUGACAUGUGCAGAGAAGCGGGCUUGAACUGCGCCGAAGUUUCGGGAUACGGCAGAGGGGCCGGGUACAGCCGAGGCCAGAGCUGCCUGCAGAAGAAGUCCGACCACAUGUGGAAUGCAGUGCAGUUGGGAGCCCAGUGGUUCCUUCUGGACGUCUGCUGGGGAGCGGGCCUCGUGGAUGUCGAGAAGAGGCUAUUCAUUCCUCGGCACGAGGAUUUUUUCUUCCUAACUGACCCUGAAGAUUUUGUCGAAAGCCACUGGCCCGAUGAACCAAAAUGGCAGCUCACUCAGCAUCCCGUCCCACUGCAGGUUUUCGAAGGGAGAGUUUUCAAGACACCAGAGUUUUUCAAACUUCAGCUUGCCCUCCUCUCUCCAGAUACCUCCAGGCUUAAAACAGACCAAGGGGAAGCAACUGUUUCUUUAGCAAGUGCCCAUUCAACAGAGUUCACUUACCAGCUGUUGAAGCUUUGCCAUGACGACGACAGCAAAGAGGAUAUAGGCAAGACUCAUGGGAUGUUAACCAUGUCUGACAAAAAGAUGGUCCUCAAAGUCUUCCCCCCUACCCAGGGGCUCUUCGAACUGCAAAUCUUUGCCCGCCCUUCCGAUUCGCCGAAGCCGUGCACUUGGGUGUGUUCCCACCAGAUCGAGUGCCUGCAACCCCACCGGCAAGAGGGUCUUCCGGAGAACCCUUUCGCUUUCUGGGGGCUCCAUCCCAAAGCAAGAGAGUUUGGGAUUGAGGAGUGCAACUGGGAAGAAGACCUGAUCGUUGCCGCCACGGGGGCCCUGAAGCUGGCUUUGCAGACCCAGAGGCCUCUCUUGGCCACCUACGAGUUGGUUCAUCCAGAGAUGGAUACCUCUCUGAGCAGGAAGUGCCUGGCGUCCCAAGUGGAAGAGCAGAAACUCAGCUGCCACAUCCUUUGUCCUUUUGUGGGCCACUACAGGCUCUCGGUGUUUGUCAAGGAGUUCGACGAAGACAAGUUCAAGAACGCCGCUAACUUCCUCAUACGCUGCUCCAGCCCCAUCAACCACAACGAGCUCUUCCCGUCGGGUCUCAGCGCACAUUGCGGAGCAGGGAUCAGCUCCCAGUGGAGAGGACUCUACAACCCAAGCCACACCGCCCCCAUCAUCAAUACCAAAAAGGGACAGUGCACUGUCACUUUUCGUACUCAGCCAGGCUCCGAAAUCACCGCCACUUUGGGCAAGGACAAAAUAACCAGCAAAACAUACCCGAUGGAACGGUUCCUCUUGGUUACCCACCUGGAGAACAAGGUGAGCGUCUCCGUCUUGCUCCCUGAAUCGGGAGUAUUCAGGCUCAGCUUGUACGGGAGGGACGCCAAAAACAAAGAAUUUGCCCAUGUAUGUGAUUACAUCAUACGCUGCUUCACCAACCCCCAGUGGCUCCCCUUUCCCCGGGUCUACAGCUUGUGGAGGAAGGGGUGUGUCCUCCUAGAACCCAGGUCGGGAGUCCUGCAAGAAAAAAGCUGGGUGAGGUUUCGGAUCAAGAUGCCCGAGGCCUGCAGCACUCACGUCGUUGGUCCUUCACGAUGGGAGCUGCAGCUGGGCCAGAACAAAGUGUGGGAGGGAGAGGUCUACACUGGCCUCGCUGGGACGAUGCUGAAGGUGGCCGUCAAAUUCUCCCUGGAUUCCCCAAGCAUGGAUGUCGUCCUCUCUUUCGACGUCGAAGGCAGUUCAUCGACUCUAAGUGAUGUUUCGGGGUAAAAUGGUCCAGGGGUCUUUGGACUCUCAGGAAACUUAACUCUCUGCCCCACCCUAAGUCUCCAGCUGGAUUGG